AUGGGCCGCUCUUGCUGUAUCCCCUCGACGAUACCCCAGGAAAGCCCACAACAUUGCAAAGCGACGGACCACUCCCCUCCGCUAUCUAGCGAUGUCGCGGAUGUGAGACCAAACAACACGCUGGGUUUGUCUGCCGAAACUCCGAGCCUAUUGCCACAAAGUUGCCGUGAGGAAAAGACUGGAACCUCAAAUUCUCUAACUCGUGAUGAUUUUUGUCGGGCAAACUCCGUUGAAGCCGACCUGGAAGAUACCAAGAACAACUCUGCAUCCUGCAGAUCGUCCCUCAAAUCCGAGACUCUCUCCGGUAACAAUGACAACGAUACCUGCUGCAAGAGACAAAUUCAUUCCGAAGCCCUUCCCUCCAAAGAAACAGACUCGCCGGAGUGCUGUCGUGGCAAGUCGUUACCAUGUUGCAAUGACUCCUGCCUGGACCGUUUAGCCCUGCGCGAAUGUGAUGCAAAUUCAGAUUGUCUCAAACUUGAAGACCAGGCCGACCGAGAGAAGUGUCCAUCAACGUUGAGCAAACACAACAACACACGCCAACCUUGUGACCGUCACCAGAAUUCUGUUCGCAAACAAUACGCUGCCAAGCUCACGGCUCUGCAGUGCAUCUGCCGCUCUCUCAUUGCUCUAGGACGAGAAUCCUGCUGUGAGCCUCGGCCGCGUUCUUCGCUAGAUAAACAAAAGGGGCCAAACAAAUCCGCAAAGCAGUGUACUUUGCGAGAUUCAACUGGAAUCUGCAGCACAAGUGGUAGUGUCAGCAGCUUUUCACCGGCCGGAAGAAUCGACCAUCCUUCUACGUCGUGCAGAAAAUCCAAUACUGAUGAAUCCUGCAAAGCUAAGUGCUCUACCAAGUCAUGCUGCAGACCUAAGAAUGCGACGGUUAAUAGCAUGCCUCCCAAAGUGCCCUCUUCAAAGGAUUCUCCUUCCAACCACGAAUUGAUUUCACAUGCAGAGGAUACUUGUGGUGGUAGUGUUUGUUGCACCUCCGGAAGUCUUCCUUGUCACAGCAAGGAUGUUGUCCCAGCAUCCAGAAUUGUUGAUCCUGAAAGUCAGGCUAUGGGUAUCGAGCAUGUUGUUUUCGCGAUAUCGGGAAUGACUUGUUCCGGAUGCGAGACCAAACUCAGCAGGACUCUGGCAGCUUUUGAUGGCGUCAAGAAUCUACAGACUAGCCUAGUUUUAUCGCGGGUGGAAUUCGACCUCGAUCUCGGUCUAUCAACUGUUGAAAGAGUAGUGAAAUAUUUGGAGCGCACGACAGAAUUCAAGUGUGAAGUCAUCACAAAGAAUGGUUCCACUUUGGAUAUUCUUGUUUCCGAGAAUACAACCACGUUUAUCAAUCGCCUUUGGCCAGAAGGCGUGAUAGAGAUAUGCUCUGCUGAUAAACGUGUUGUUCGCGUUACUUUUGAACCGCAAUCGAUUGGGGCUCGAGAUCUCAUGGAGAAUCAUUGGGCGGGAAUCGCAAAGCUUGCCCCUGCCAAUCAUGAUCAAGCACUCGUCGCUGGGAACAAGCAUGUGCGACAUGUGGGGCUCAUGACUAUCCUCUCUGUAGCCCUGACUAUUCCAGUGCUAGUCUUAGCAUGGGCUCCUAUACAUGUAGGAGAAGUGGCGUCGGGAUCUACAUCUCUGGCCCUGGCUACUAUUGUUCAAUUUCUGAUAGCAGGCCCAUUCUACCCAAAGGCACUGAAGGCCCUUAUCUUCUCCCGCGUCAUUGAAAUGGAUCUGUUAAUUUUUCUUAGCACCAGCAUCGCAUAUAUCUUCUCUCUGGUCUCGUUUGGCCUUUCUGUGGCUGGAAACCCACUCUUGACUGGUCAAUUCUUCGAAACCAGCACUCUCCUGGUGACUUUAAUCAUGGUUGGCCGCUACAUAAGCGCCCUUGCACGCCAGAAGGCGGUCGAGUCAAUCUCGAUAAGAUCUUUACAGACACCGAAAGCAAUUCUUACGGAUGACAGCAGCUCGCCAGAGACCCGAGAGAUUGAUGCUCGACUUCUGCAAUACGGAGAUCUGUUCAACGUGCCCCCCCGACUCAAGAAUCCCUACUGA